AUAUAAGUAUUACCCGAAAUUGAUCCCCAUUUAUCAUUAAUGAUAACAAAAUCGAUCAUUAUCUAAACUUUGGUGGAUUUAUAGAGAGAUACCAAACAAUAAAGAAAGGGGAACCGAGUAAGUGGACGCAAGCUGGCAACUAUUGAGCUUAGUUUACUUAUCGAUUUAAUCUCACCCAACUAUGCAGGUACAAUAAACGGGGUUUCUUGCAUUUGCUUAAUUAGAUCACCCGAUUUGGAUUACGCACUCAGUCUUAUUUAAUCUGAUGAAGAUUGUGUUAGGAAACAAAGUGAGGAAACAAGUGAGAAACAUCUUUAGCCAAAGAGCAUCCAGAUUCUAAUUGUUAUCGCUACCUUAUUUGUAAUCGAUAUCAGGGGAGGAUAUUGUAAACAAAAUGUCCAAUGUGGGAAAGAUUAAGAUAAAGGCAUUUGCAGAAAUGCAGGCCACCACAGCUAUAAAUGUGGAACCAGAACCGCAGGCCAACAUCGACAAUAAAACGCCUGAGAAGAAAAGGGAGGGGAGAACUCGUGCGGCUACCACCACAAAAAAAGGCCAAGCAAAAACUGCUCCUGGUCUAAUCAUUGCCAACACUGUGAUUAAGCGUUCAAAUAAGAAGACUCCGCUGCCAGGUCAAAUGCGCAUCGAUACCUUCUUCAAAAGCGCUGCUAAGAACUACAAAGUAAACAAGGAACCACAGUCAAGCUUUAAAGCAGAGGAUCAACCCCUACCAAAGCGAAAGGGCUCUUCCAGAGGACGCAAGCGUCUGUUCGAUGAGUCUACCACAACAUCCGCCGCGUCUACAGACACGGUGGAUCACAAUCCGCCAGUGAAGCGCAUACAGCCUAGUCGUCAAGCAAAAGGCAAGGAAAACACGAGUCUCUCCAAUCUCGAGGUGAUUGAUCUAUGCUCCGAGGAAGAGCACGUCAUCAAAGAGGAAGCGGAAACGUCUCCCACGCCAGUAGCUAGCAUUAGCAGUCCAAAGACAGUGGUAAUAACAAAAGCCAAGCUCAGUAGAGGUGCUGGUGUGAAAGCCUCUGAAAUCAUUGGAUCUGGAGUGGAGACCACUUCAAAAUCAUCAAUGGAUUCAAUAGAAAGUCCCCUGUCCAAAAAAUCCACUAGUCGCAAACAAAGGAAGCCAAAGCCAUGCCCUCCUUACAAAAUCAUUGAGGGAACAUCUUUCUGCGUCGAUGGCUUUCAAUUUGGCGAUAUAGAUGGAGUCACGCAUUACUUCCUCACUCACUAUCAUGCGGAUCACUACAUUGGUCUGACAAAAAAGUUUUGCUAUCCCCUAUUUAUGAGUCCCACAACUGCGAGACUAGUAAGAACCUUUAUUAAAAUUGAUGAGUUGUAUAUCAACGAGAUUGACGUGGACCAGGUUGUUACGGUGGAUAAUGUGGAAGUUACAGCCUUAGAAGCUAACCACUGCCCUGGAGCUGUGAUGUUUUUCUUUAAACUAAAUUCUGGUGAAUGCAUCCUGCACACCGGAGAUUUUAGGGCUAGCGCUGAAAUGGAAUCCUUGCCUAUAUUCUGGAACCAUGCCAACAUCGAUCUGCUUUAUCUAGACACGACGUACCUAAACAAAAACUACGAUUUCUGCCACCAGAGCGAGAGCAUAGACCAAGCAACGAAUUUAGUGCGCGCCUUUAUAGAGAAAAAUCCGGACAAGAGAAUCCUUAUCGUCUGCGGCUCGUAUGUGAUAGGCAAGGAAAAGAUCUGGCUCGCCGUGGCAAAGGAGUUCACCAUGAGAGUUUGGACGGAGAAAAAUCGCAGCGCUGCAAUCAAAUGCCUGAAUUGUCCAGAUCUACAAUCCGUUCUCACUGACGAUCCCAGCGAAGCAAACUUGCAUGUUCUUUCCAUGGGAAAAGUCAGUUAUCCGAGCCUGGUAGAGUAUUUUAGUCUUUUUGACGAACGUUAUGACAUGUUGCUAGGCAUAAGACCCAGCGGGUGGGAGAAAAACAGUAAGCCUUCCUACGGAAAGCGAAUCAGCACGAUAGGAAUUGAGUACUCGGAACACUCUAGCUACAAGGAGUUGGAGCGGUUCGUUCGCUUCCUCAAGCCCAAGCGAGUCAUAAGCACCGUUCCUGUAGGUCGUGAUCUCUUUGUCACUGGAAAAGUGCCUACCCAGUGGUACAAAUACGAAGGUCGGGCAUCUAUGCUGAGUACUGGAUAUCAGCCAUCGAUAUCGUCUUUUCUGGCAACGCCACAACGUGUUGUUCCAAAAAUGAGUUCGGAGACUGCAAUGAUAUUAAGCCCAGAUGAAGAGUUAACUUCCAAUGGGAUUAGGGAUGGGGUAGAAGAUGAUAACCUCAAACAUGAUUUUAAUAUAGUGGUUAAAAACGAACCUUUGCGACCGGAUUCUGGCCGAUGUUCUGAAACAACUAUUAUAAACAAAGGACUGGAAUCGGAAAUUUUUUAUGAUAUUGAAAUAGACGUUAAAAACGAAGUACAAAUAGCGGAGGAGUCACAAGGUCCCGAGAGAAAAGAAGUUUCGUUAAGUAAUAGAUCCGUUAUUGUUGUCGAGAAAAAGGAGCAGCACGUCAAUGCCAAUAGUAGCCUUUGCAAGGCAGUUGUAGUUAGUAGACUGACGUCGGACGCUUCCGACGAUUGGCUUUUAUAGUGAUUCAAUUAAAGCUUAACAUUGAUUAAAUGUGAAUAGAUCAUAGUUUAAAUGAGGCCGCUAAUUGUUUUUAGAUACUUCGUUAUUAAAUAACAAGCUCAAGAAUAUAGAUGGAUCAUAAAGAUUUGUAGUUUCUCCUUAACUGUUAUAAUAAUAAUAUUUUGAUGUUAAAAUAUAAGGCUUGCCUUUGACAUACAAAUAUUAUGAAUACUAUACAAAUGUAUUUUUGCUUGAUUUAUGUAUAUUUCUAGAUUGUUUGGCUGCCUUCCUCCUUAAACUCAAUUAGUUUGGGUGUGGGAAUACACCCUAAUAAGCUAACAUAACUUAUAGUUUUGAUAGGGAAACCAUUAAAUAGAUGUUAAUACAAAUAACAAUGGGCAUCCUUCAGUAAGAUAACAGUAUGCAAUGAGUGCUAACGAAUGUAAAUGAGUUUUGAUUACUUCACUGAUAUGCUCUAUGUAUAAUUUAAGAAUAAAGAAAGUACAAGUAUAAA